AUGUUAUGGGAUAUCGGUUUGAUAUCAGCUAGCUGUGCCAUGCCAGACUCCAUACCUAACACCAUAACAACCUUGUCGAACCAAACGCUGGAUACAGGUUCUUAUAUCACAUGGGAAUGCAGUGAUGGAUACAUGAUGGAUGGCCUGACAAACACUGUUGUAUGGGUGUGCUUAGAUGACGGGUCUUGGCUGGGUCAUAUACCCAUAUGCAAAGAUGUUGAAUGCCCAUCGCCUCCCAUAGCUGCUUAUUCAGAGCUCGAUCCUCCUUUGCCUGAAACUCCCGUGGUAAACCAGACGAUAUCAUAUAGAUGCAGCAGCAGUGAAUACACUCUGCUUGGAAGUUACUUGAAUAGAUGUCUACAAGAUGGCAUAUGGGAGAAUGAUCCACCAGUUUGUCAAAGGACCUGCAGCACAUUCAACACCAAACGAUAUUCCAAUCUCACUUGCUACCGGAGACGAGGCUCUGAAGAAUGGGAUGGCUCAUUCGAUCUUUGCAUAGAUCAGGGGGAGAUACUUGCUACAGUGAAAGAUACUCAGACGCAGGAAUUUCUAGUCGAGUUUCUUAGGACAUUCAAUGAUGAAGCUAACAUCUGGAUAGGAGCAAGGGAAGGUCGAGACUGGAAGUGGAGAAAAAUACCCGGUCACUCCUCCUCCACCACCACCUCCACCACCGCCUUCACCACCCCAGCAGACACCCGUACAUCAACCACCGCCAUCCGCCGAACCCUCAAAACAGCCGCCAUUCUCACAGCUACAAUGCACAGCAGACGACAGCAGACUACAACGCCGCCUACGUCGGGGACACACACAGCGUCUCGCCGACAGCACACCCCACUCAUGGAUUCGAAACUCUCCGACGUCCGCAACCCGGAGACUCCAGCCCAGACGGACAGCAAGACGAAUCAGCAGACCCUCUAUGUCCACUCCCCGUUGACUCAAGCCCGCACGGUCAUGUAUUUUUCCCAUGACAAAUACAUUGAACGUUUCUUUUGGCAAAACCUAUUUCCGGAUUCAAAUCUCAGAGAUUGCAUUGAAUUGUCAUACCAGUCUGGCUCGGCGAAGUAUUCUUGGAAUCCUAGAUCGCUCCUAGAAGAAAAUGCCUUACUCUGUCAGUAUGGUAAGUAUCUCUAA